GUGCUGGACGAUGAGCAGGAUGGCUGCAUCAUUGACGAUGCGGACGCUGACCAGGCAUUGUAGUGUUGUAUUAUUCAUCCAUGUGUGCCUUUUCUUUGGAGGUUACUGUUAAAGUAGUGAUUGUGGGAUGUUGUGUGCUUGCUUGCGUGUGUGUGUUUGAAGGGCCCCUCAGCUGCGCUAACGUAGCUGCGAUGCAGUGCUAACUGCAUAUGUCAUCGGUCAUACUAAAAGCAGCAGACUGAGGAGGAUGUUCAUCAGCAUGAAAGACCCCAAUAAAUACCUGGCAACUCCAGGACCGACCCGUUCUCAAAAGUGUGGGGAACGAGUGUCUGACAGGCAGGCUACAGUGCAGGGAGGGACGCGGAAGCUCAGCUCAACCAAAGAGGAAGCUGGCAGUGUUGAAUAUGGCACGCGUGAUGCGCCCCUCCCUCCACAGACCCUGACCUUCAGGCCGCUGCUGCCGCAAACGCCUGACAGAUAGAGAAAACUUAAUCUCUCUCUUAAACUGUGUUGACUAAAGAAGCAUCCAGAGAUGCAGUCCACUACUGCGGGAAAGAGUCUUGGACGAGGCACGUGGCCAAAUUAAACCCAGCGUAUUUUACGUAAAGGCGCACUGCCACCCGGGAUGAUCGCAGAUUGCUGAUUUGUCCCACCAGACUUCACCGUUCUCCUUGAUCGUCCAGCGUCUAGUGGAGAAAGAGGUCCUGAGAUGGCAAGGGGCGCAGCUUAAAGAAGCUCUUGGAUUGCGGGCUGAGAUAGGAGGUUGCAGAGCACGCAGCCCGCUGCCACUAAUGGAUGCCAAGUUGCGAGAAGACCUGUUCCGUAGGUAUGUGGCAUCUCUGGAGAAUCGGCUUGAGAAGAGAGCUGGUGGAGCUACAACUGAGGCGGCGUUGAUCUCUGCAGCGACAGCACUGCUGGGCUCAAAUCAGCUGGACCCAGGUCAACGCUUUCGCACGGUUCCCUUCUACAACAUUGUGGAAAAUUCGCUGCGGACUCAGAGGGGUGCGAACCUGAAGACCUUGCAGACGGCAUUUGCAACAUUGGAAACCAUUUGUACCAACUUGCUGCUCUUUCCGUGGAAGAAAGAGUUCCGUUGCAUAAAGACGUUUACAGGGCCAUACGUGUACCAGUUACAGUCCGUGAUAGGAGAUGCAGACCUGCGUUUGCUGCUGCGUUCCUUGGGCUAUUUGAGAGACCAGGAACUGCAGUACCACUGCCGGGAUCAUCUGGGUGCGAGCACCCACCUCCGACAGCUGGCCUUCGAGCUGCUCCUGUCCCAGGCCGAAUGCCGUCUACUUGCCGAGGUAGUGUCCAUGUCUCGGGGCUCUGCUUCGGAACUGGAGGUGGUAGAGGUCAGGAGGAACACCAGGGAGGAUGCAGCCGGCUGCGCCGAUGCUCUCCGCAGACGGGAUGGCAUCACUGCCGAUUUGUCCCGCCUUUCCGUGCGUCCGGCAGAUAUGGAACGCGCCCACCUGCGGCGAAGCGGUCGGCCAUCCAAGUCAGUGGAUGUAACAGACGGCGCGGGACACUGGCAUCAAGCCAGCAAGCCAGUGCUGAAGCCGUCGCUGAGUCUUCGCAAAGAACCUUUGUUCGUCGACACCGAAGAGGAUGCAAAAGAUGAAAUCCUCCGUCCUAACCCCUCGCUGUAUGCCAUGGCGGCCCCUCCUUCCUUCGGCCCGGCAGCCGACUUCUUCCCGAUUCAGUCACCUCCAUCUGAGCCUUACCCCUACCACUUGUCCUCCCUGGACGAGGUGGACCUGUACACUGAGCGAGGGUCAGCUAGCCAUCAGACGCCCUCUAGGCCACCGAGCCGGGAGCCACGAGAAUCACGGGACACUUGGGUUCUAAAGGGUCACAUGAUGAAGUGCCAGGGCUGUGGUGUCAGCUGCCCGUCGCUCUCUUCUUGCCAGAGGUGCGACAUGAUCCUGUGUUCAUCCUGUCACUCGGUGGAGCCGGCGCCUUGUUGCGGCUUCCAGGACUACAUGAAAUCGUCCCGGCCUCCGGAUGGCUACAUGCCUGUGAAGGAGAAGCUGUCCGUCUACUGUCACACCCACCCGCACCCUCUUCCCCACGCUCAGUCCCACGCACUGCUGCUGGACAAAACCGUGACGAGUGUGAAGCUGUUUCCCAGCAAGCCGGUGACUUCGGCGGGCGGCGGGGGUGAGCGUCUGAGUGUGGCCGGCUCCCGCUGCGGCUUCUGCAACAAGCCGGGGGCCUCUUACACCUGCGUGAACUGCUCCAAGGUGUCGUGCGACCCGUGCAUUAGCCUUUAUGCCAGCGAUACAUGCACACGCAAAAGCCCUCACCAUAACUUUCUGCCCAAUCAUCAGCUCAAUUUCAAAUCCGGCACCAUAUCUCACCUCGUAUAUCGAUAGACCAGCACGGCAGUUGAUUUGUUAUUUAUUUUCCUUUUUGUUGACAGAUGUUUCCUCUCACUAAUAUGUGAUUUUCUACCCCUCAGUAGCCGUGUUUUAUCAAUAACAUCAAAGAAAAAAUGCUAUAUGACCAGAGAAAAUCACUCCAACAGUGGCUUCUGGUUAGACUUUCUCUUGAAUUGAAUCCAAGAACUUGAAACUUGUUGUCUGGGGUGAACAACCUUAAAAAUACACUGGAAGAACAUAGUGCACACACACAUAUAUAGAUAUACAUUUUGAAUUGUGAUGCUAUAAAUUUAUGUCUGUUGGUCUACUGGCUGGUUUCCCAGCAGGUUGUGAAUCUGCAUCAGAACGUGAAAUGCCUUGUAGGUUUACCCAAGAACUCAGCCUGUGCUGUUCAUAAUGCUGCUGUUGAAAAUCAAACCAGAGGCCACUAGCAUAUUUUGCAAGCAACAUUCUCAGUAUUUGCAAAAUUGAUUUCCAUACCACAUUGUCAAUGCAAGUUUUCUUUUACAUUAUCCUUGCACUUAUUUCAUUUUAUAUAGUUUUGAACAAAAGUUCAUUUGAUACAUUGACAUUGUAUCACAUGAUGAUUAUCUGGAGUAUUAUGACUGGCAGGAUCUCACAAAAACAUGUUCAUAUUCAUCCUUAUACCAGAAGUAAAAGAUUUGUGAUUAGUACGAUUUUUGCCAGUGUGACAGUAUUUUCCUGACAAUAAAGCACAGUUGUGAUUCUCGUUCAUGUGUUAUGCGGGAGGGAAAAUCUUACUCUUAUUACUGUAAACUCAGUUAUCUUCAAGACAUUCUAGUCAUUACACUGGCACACUUUCAUAACAUUGGACUGAUUUGACUUCUCUGACUAAUUUCAUCUGUGCGGUAUACUUUAUAUUCGCCUAUUUGCCGCAAUCAACAUAAAGUGUCUUGUGUGUAAUUCUCUGUGUUACUUUUGUUUGUGAUCUCCAUGUUGCCGGAAGGCGCACAAAUUCAGGACUCAAUGCUUCAUGUCUGUCUAAGGGCCAAAACUGUCAGGGAUACAGCAGCUUGCACAAGACGUGAAGGCGAUAUGUGUUUCCAUCAUGUCUACCGUGACUGGACCUCACAGCCGGUGAUUAACCUGUUAAAAGUGCCAUGUGCCAAACACUCACAUUGGCAGAAAGUGAGUUUGAACUUGGACCCUGGCAUGCCUUUAACAAAGCUUUAGUCAUUGCAGAAGUCAAGUUUGAUCUUUAUUAAGAGCUCGAUGAGGCUGGAAAGGGCAGACAAGAGCUACUGGACACGUGUUUGUCACUGAAAGUCUACUAAUUAUACAAAUAAAUGGAUAAAAAAGCGAUGAUUUUAUAGAAUAAAAUUCUUCGAAAAGCACUGUUGUUUGUCUGCUGUGA